CAGCAUCCAUCCGGAGUCAUCUGGAGCCGCUGUUGCCCUCCUGCCUCCUCUGCUUCUCAUCCUCAGCACCAGGAUGGGGCACUUGUUCGCUCUGCUCCUCUCUGCACUGAUCCAUGUAUCGCUGCAGGGGCCACACCAGAGGAACCUGCUGAAGAACCUUCUGAAGGACUACAACCGCAUGGAGAGGCCGGUGGCUAAUGACUCGCACCCUCUCACUGUCGUCUUCUCCCUCAGUUUGCUGCAGAUCAUGGAUGUGGAUGAGAAGAACCAGGUGCUGACCUUGAACAUGUGGCUGCGGAUGAGUUGGUUUGACCACUAUCUCCAGUGGAACCAGAGCAAUCACCCCGGGGUGAAAAACCUUCGCUUUACCACAGAGCAGAUCUGGACACCAGACAUCCUGCUCUACAACAGUGCAGAUGAUGACUUUGACUCCACCUAUAAGACAAAUGUUCUUGUGAAUUCCAGCGGCUACGCCGAGUACUUACCUCCAGGAAUCUUCAUGAGCAGUUGUAAUGUGGAUGUUCGCUGGUUUCCUUUCGACAUCCAAAAGUGUCAGUUGAAGUUCGGCUCUUGGACGUAUGACGGCUGGCUGCUGGACCUCCAGAUGAACGAUGCCGAUAUCUCAGGCUACAUGCCCAACGGAGAGUGGGACCUCAUGGGUGUCCUUGGCACCAGGAAUGAGGUCUUCUAUGAUUGCUGUAAGGAGCCCUACCCAGACGUGACAUUCGUUGUGACAAUACGGCGCCGAACGCUCUACUACGCGCUGAACCUGCUCAUCCCGUGUGUUCUGCUGUCCUCCAUGACUCUGCUCAUCUUUGUGCUUCCGGCUGACUCCGGGGAGAAGAUCUCACUGGGUAUCACGGUGCUGCUGUCUCUUACGGUUUUCAUGCUGCUGGUCGCUGAGAUCAUGCCGGCCACCUCUGACUCCGUCCCUCUCAUAGGUCAGUACUUUGCCAGUAUAAUGGUCAUCGUUGGGAUGUCAGUCAUCGCCACAGUGGUGGUUCUGCAGUAUCACUACCACGAUCCAAAUGGAGGAAACAUGCCUAAAUGGGUGCAGCUCGUUUUGCUGCAGUGGGUAGCCUGGUUCUUGCGCAUGAAGCGUCCUGGGGAGAACAAUGACCCGGAACGACCCCUGUGUGCCCCCCAUUUACGCCGCUGCUCCUCGGGAUCUCAGAGUGGGAGCAUCCCAAAUCCUCCGGACCCCACCCUGCAACUGCUGCACCCGCAGCACCUCGCUGCUCUCCACGCAGGCCACGCCCACCUACACACACAAUCCAGUGCCAACAACAACGGGAACCUUCUUUACAUGGGCUUCCAGAGCAUGGAUGACCCUACGCUGCUCCCCGAGCCCGUGCAGAGGAGCGGCAUCUCCACUGGGCCUCCUCGAGUGGCAGGAAGUCCACCUCCGCACCUGCCAGCUCAGUUCUGCAGCCCUCCACCACCUCCAACGCCAAACAUGGAUGCUGUCGGUUCUCCCAGCACCGUCUCCAGCGGUGGGGACUUUGGAUGCGUCGGGGCCGGCGGAAAUGGAGGAUACUCCAGCACGGGGAUAGGAGAUCCCCAGCUUCAAGCUAUCCUGGAGGAGGUGCGUUACAUGGCAGACCGCUUCAGGGAGCAGGACGAGGCGGAGAGCAUCGCCAACCAGUGGAAGUUUGCAGGCGCCGUCAUCGAUCGUCUGUGUCUGGUGGCGUUCAGCAUCUUCAACAUCAUUUGCACUAUCUCUAUACUCAUGUCAGCUCCCAACUUUGUGGAGGCCAUUUCCAAGGACUUUGUUUGAGAGCAGAGAGGGAAAAAAGAGGAGGAGAAGCAAGAAGGAAGGGAUGAGAAUUUAAUAUUGGAUGAAAGAUGAAGCAGCUCCCUGCAUCCAAGGAAAUGCAAUUUUCUCUGAUGUUUAGGUCCUAUAUGAUUUGUGUUUUGUGAGCAACAGGAAAGUUUUCUUUGCAGCACAUUGUGUUGUGUAAGAAGAGCUUUGAGAAAACUGAUGAGAAAAGAGAUAGGACGUGAAGUCAGAAUGAGAUUAGGGAAAGCAGGGCCCCUUUAUCAGAUUCUUGAUGAGGUGAAAUGGACUGAAUCACCUUCAAAUGGUUUCUCUUAAAAUUUAAGCAAAAGAUCAGUCGGAAAGGAAACAAGAAGAGACAUCAGUCCAACACCACAUCGAAUAAAGAAGCUAUUAAACAAGGCAGAGAUUGAGAGAAUAAGAUUACAGAAGAGACGGGUAGAUAGAUUGAGACCAACAAAUAAGACAGACUUUUUCCCCCCUCGAAGAAAGCCCUCAAUUCCCACAUGUUGGAGGGGGGAAAAGGCUGCAUCACUUAAAGAGACGUGAGCAACAGAGGGAGGGAGAAGACUUUUACAAGGACAGACGACACACAAAGAGUGUUUUCUUCGUGGCUUUGGCGUCUGAUGCAGCAUCCAGCGUGUUCAGUGGAGAUGCUCAGAGGAGCUCAUCUAACGCUCCAUCAUAUCUGUGCAAUCGCCGUCAAAACAAAAUAGCUCCAAAAACAUCACGGAUUAAUGAGCUAUUAAGUCUCUGAUACGGCACGCCACUUCAAAUCCAGAGGCUUGUCAGUCUGUAACAAUCGCGUUACCUCGUCAGAUUUGGCACAGAUAAGAUCGUAUACCGGAGGUCAGACGUUCAAAAGAUCAGGAGUGGUGCAAAAAGAGAUGAGCUCCUUGUAAAUUUCAAAAUAACGCAAUGCUAAGAUACGUUUGACCAUAUGAGCAUAAAAUAGGAAAUGGAAUGUGACCUUUUGACCUCUUAAAAUAGGUCAAGGUUAGCCAUCUUUGAACUUGUCCAAGGUUUGUGUCCCAAGAAUGCUCCCUGUGAUUUUGAAGACUCUGACAGUAACAGGACCGGCGUUAUCCUGAGCAAAGACAGGCAGACAGACAGACAGGUGGGCAGACGCAAAGUCUUCGCAAUACCCAAUAGUCAUAAGAAUAAGAUGCAACUUCCGAUCAUGUUUCCAUCCUUGUUUACUGCUUUAAUGCAGCGUGAGCUGAUUUCACAUCGAUAAUAAGAAAUGACAAAUGGGAUUUUCCUGAACUGCCUCCAGUCGACACAGUGGUGAUUUAGAAUGUUUACAAUCUGAAACACGACCGUCAGCCUGUGAUGUCUCUUCAUUAACAAGAGCUUAGCUCAAAUUAUGGAUGUUUGUGGGACGCCUAUGUACACCUGAUACAUUCAAGGCCAUAAAUUUAAAUAAGAUGCUGAGGCUGACUGCAG